CAACUUUUCCCAGCUACCUAAAAACUGAAGGAAGGGAUCCGUUAAGAGGAAAGUGGCCGAUGACGCAUCUCCAGCCUCCGGCGCCAUGCCCGACGUCCUCUUCCCAAGCGAGAGUAAGCGGCUUUGCCUUGAUGACGUCACGCUUUCCAUGGGUCCUGGGACCAAUUCUGUUUCGUGCCCCGAUAUGCAAAGUUCUCCCUUUUCCACCAGUCACGGGACUUCCUCUAUGCCCGGACAUGGGAUGCUCCUUGAAAAUAACCACAUGAAUGGGAGCAGGAUUGGAUCUCCAUUUUCCGUCCCACCGAACACGGACGUUGGACCGAAAGGGCCCCUCGGGGGCCAUUACGGCGAAAAAGGGAGCAACAUUCACGCGGUGGACCAGGAACUUCAAGAUUUGUUGGAAGAGUUGACCAAGAUGCCGGACCCUUCUCCCAACGAAUUGGACCUUGAGAAGAUCUUAGGGAGCAAACCUGACGAGCCCAUGGGGAACCUGGCCCACCCACCCACCGCCAUGAACAGCUCUUCCAAAUCUUCUCCGCAGGGCACCCCCUUGGACAACCACCUGCCCAACAAAGAUUUUUCUCCUGGAUGCAACCCAAGCGGUGAGUCCCCGCAGAUGACGCCUUCUUCUGGAGCCAGCUACUCGGUUCCGUCUCAGAACAAGGCUGUCGCUUCGCCCAUUUCUUCAACCGCGCCCAACAAGGGCCAAAGCCAGGCCAUCCAUAUGCCCGGGACAAAUUGGCACGCCCAACAGUUGAAGCACUUAGCCAGCAAGCAAACGCCAACUUCCAAACCACCAAACUGGCCCACCAUCUCAUCUCAAGGCCUUUCGCCUCCUUACCGCCAAGGGUCUUCUCCCCACCACCAGCCCUUCAGUCCUCAAAAUGUCAUGAUCUCUGGCAUGGCUCCCAACGGCCUUCCGGGAAGCAACAUUCAGAGCCCACAAAACCCCCUGCUCUCCAGCAUCACGUCCAACAGUAACCCGCCCGGAGGUCUGUCUCCACCUUUUGGGCCAGAGAAGCUCUCCAGUCCGGUCCUCAAUCAGCAAUCCUUCAGCCCGCCCAAUUCCAUCAUGCCCAACAUUUCAGCCAACAGCAUUAAAAGUUCUCCCAAUGCUGGACCUUCGCCGUACAGGCCGGAGAAGCUUUCUAGCCCGGCUUUGCACCAACAACCUUUCAGCCCUCAAAGCACCUUGAUCGCCAACCCAACGCCGACCAGCAACCCAACCAACAUGCCAAGUUCCCUCUACAAACCCAUGUCGUCCAUCCAGUCCAAGAACAUGAACGUCAUCAUGACGCAGUCUUCCAACAGUAUCCAACCAGGGUUGGGGAGCGAAGGUCCUGUUGCCCAAGACCAGUUCUCUUUCAGCAACACCAAGCCCCUUUCCCAUUUCAGUUCAGAGACCGCCCCUCCCCAGAAGAUGUCGCCGAUGGCUUCCACCACAGGGCAGCAGUCACUCAUGCACUACCUUCAGCAACAAGCUGCAACCUCGCCGCAAACCCAGCAAGUUAACAACAACCAGUUCCUGCAGCAGCAGCUCCGCCAGUUGAUGCAGCCAUCUCGGAUUCAACAGCGGCACGUCCAGCCAUCCCCGUUGUCAUCACAGGUGCGGCAGGACCAGGCGCCCGGCAUUGGUGCUCGGAUGCAGGAGCCAGGCGUGUCCGCCAACUCAGGGUCAGUGCCUGCCCAGGCUCCACCCUUGGUGAACGACUACACCAUGAGGAACCAACUCCUAAAGCAGCAAAUUAUGAGACGGCGACAACAGCAGCAGCAACAACAACAACAACAACAGCAGCAGCAACAGCAGCAGCAGCAGCAGCAACAACAGCUCCAGGAAAAGCAGAGGCAUAGCAUGAUGGGUGUGGCCGCUGAGCAGAGGAGCCCCUUUGUGGGACAACAGAUGAACCAGUUUCCCGCAGUUUCGCAGUCCCUGCCAACUGACUGCAGCCAGACCAUGCAAUCCCCUGGCUCCACCCACCGCAUGAUGCCCCCUACCCAAGGGAUGCUCCAGAGCCCCUUGGGCCCCGGCCUUGGGCCCCCGGCUGCCACCGUGAACCAGAACAGCGGAGCCUUGGUGAUGAUCCCCCAUAACCCCAACAAGCAAGCCGCCAUCUUCCCCCCCAACACCGAUUUCAACCUCCCGCUCCGAGGAAGCCAAAACUCAUUGGCCAUGACUUCGGGAUGCCAGACCGUCCACAGCCAUCCCGCAGCCCGGCCGGGGAUGGCCACGCCCAACUUCCCCGCCGGGGCUUUGGUCACUCAUUCUUCCGCCCAGCAGCACUUGAGGCAACCCGCCAUGGCCAGGAUGCCUGCUAUCUACGCCAAUUCUUCGCCGCCAAUGUGGACGCCCACCGUCGUCCCCAGGAUGCCUAGCCAAAAUCCGAUGGAGGCCACCAUGCACCAGUUCCCAAACAACCCUGUCUUCUCCAAACAGAGUGUCAGGUCAAGCCUCCCCAGCCAACCGUUUUCUCACCAAGCCGGGCCGCCACCCAACCAGAUCGUUCCCGGGAUGCAGGCCAGGCAGAUGCAAAAAAUGAACCUUGGACCUUCUAACCAAACCUUGAUCCCUCCAAAUAAUCAGAACCUGAGACAUGGCUUGGCCAGAGGACCUUUGCCAACUGCCAUGAAUGUUAUGAAACCCAUGCCCCAAGCGGUCUCGGGGUUCAACCAGCUCAAUGCCGGCCCACCCAUUGGGCCGCCGAGUUAUCCAGGUUCGGCUGGGCAGUCCUCCGUCACAACAUUCAACAGGAUGAGUGCCGCUUUGGAGUUGUCGCCGCAAUACGACUUCGUACCACAACAGAACAACGCUAUGUUGCCCGGGACGUGCAGCGAAGCUGACUUGAUCGAUUCGUUGAUGAAGAACAGCGGUGGCACAGAUGAAGACUGGCUAAAUAACUUGACAUUGAUAGAUGACAUUUUGGGACAACACGUUCAGAAUGCCGGACAUGUGUGACUCUCGAGAGGAAGGGAAGGAAGUGUAAAUAAUUUUGCAGGAAUGGAACCCAAGCAGUGACAAAAACGUUAUUUUAAAUCAUCUUUUUUUUCCCCCCAAAUCGAAAGGAAAAAAAGGAUGUCCAACUUUGCUUAACUGCACUUGAGGGUGUGUGUUUUUUUCCAAGCAGCUGUGUACAUAUUUGAAUAUUUUGUAAAUUAUGUUUUCCUAAACAUUAAAAUAUGGAAGUAUUUAUACUUCUUUGCUGGACACUGUAAAUACCUUAUGGACUACUUUUUUUUCCUUUCUUAUAUUAUAGGAAUUACACUUUGUUCUAAAUAUGCAAAUAUUAUUGUUAGUUCCAGUAAUACUGUGUAUUACAGCAUCAAAUAUUUUAUGUUUUUGACAUAACAUAUAAAUGAGAGGGGGUGCCCUGGAAAACAGAAUAAACCGAAAGAAAAAUUUGCAGCGAUUCCUUCCUUCCUUCCUUCCUCCUUCUAGUGCAAAUUGGAGAAAUCCCCAUUUUGGAUCAGCCACCAACACAGCUUCACAAAAACAGCUCUGUGAGACAAGCUCCUACAUGAAAUGGAAAAAUUUUGGGGUUUGGGGGUUUAGUUUUCCCAUCUGGGGGUUUCUUCACGCAGUGAGUAUCUUCUCACGGCACGAUCUUAAAGGGGGAGAGGCAAAAUUUGGGGUGGGGAAUUUGGGGUUUCCGUUGGAAAGCCAAUCCAUUGAAUCCGAUGUAUGUGUAAAAAAAAUAAAUAAAAUAAACCAGUGUGAACAUUCUCCUUAAAAACCUAAUUGCUCCAAACUAUUCCUGGAAAUUGGGGGGGGGGGGAGAAUCAAUUUUCCCCCAAAAAACAAUCUUCUGAGGUUGUCCUGUUCCUUGCUUUCUUCUAGCUCUCUCUUGUUUCUUUUUAUGUUAUUUGUACACCUCCUGAACAUAGGCAAAAGUUUAGUUGUUUUCUUCUUUUCUGUUUUAAUUUUCUAACGAUUCCUGGGUUGUGCUACCUCUAACUAAAGACUCCCGUGCUUUGUAGUUUCUCCUUUAAUUACUUUGAUUUUUAAUUUUUUUAUUUUUAAAAAAAGAAGCUAUUGAAAUAUUAGGUGUCCCUAUGAACUUCCAGGUUUUCUGCACAGCCCUUCCAAGCUAUGUGGCCGUAAGGGUGAACGAACCCCACGGAUAAUAUCAAGGAAAGGUGUGCACAGCUGAGAGUAGCUACUACGUUCCCAAACCUUCCUUGGCCAGACCCACCUCCAAUGAGAGUGCAGGCCGUCCUCAACACACGACCGUAAUCUGUCCGUGAUCCUUGUAUGACGCUCCUAAAACCCAUCUUCGCAAGCUUUUAUUUUGUGGCAGUCAUUAAGAAAAACAUCGUAAAGUUGCCGCCACGGCCAUUAAUGGAACGGCCCUUAAGCAAACCAACAUUUCUUGAUUGGGGUGGUUUGGCUGAAAACCAGAAGCAAGUGCCAGUUUUCAGGGAAACCAUCAUCAAGUGCAACUGUAAGCCAUAAUUGUGGCCAUGUUGCUGAGCACCAAAUCAUACAGGAGCCAUGAUCAUCAGGCCUUUGAAUCCAGGGUCUACGCCCUAUUUUUUGAUCAGUCGUAACUUUGAAUGGUUAUUAAGUGGAUGGUCAUAAGUCAAUGAUUCCUGACAACCAAGACAUGGUGAUGUGGCUAUGCAAAGCUGCCCCUGGAGAAAUCAAAUGUUUGAUCUUGAUAACAUAUUAGAGGCCAAUUUUGCAAAAUGAUCCAUGCCAGGGUGCCCAGCUCUUAAAAACAGUUGUCUUUCUGAUUUGCUCACCUCAGUCGUGUAUAUUUGUAGCAGACAAAUGCUUCAUUCUUGGCUCCAAAUUAUUCUUAUUAUUUUGUAUUCUGUUUUAAAUAUACGGAUUUCCCUCUCUCCCGCCCCAAUUCCCUGGGAUAAAGAUGUUGAUUAAAAACACAACAUAACUUUGGAUGUUUUUUCUGUCAUGUAUAUUUAAAGAGUCUGUUUAUCAAAGAAAUCCAUUGUACUGUACACUUCUUUAAAAAAAAAAUGUUCCUACUUUGUGUAACCAUAUUUUAAUAGCCACAACCUCCUCCUUCAUUUGUAAAAUUAACAUUCAUGUCAGACACACCAAACUGUUUUUUCCUUCAUACCAUAAUAAACUGCCAGGGGAAAAAUUGCACUCAC